AUGGGCAAACACACCACCAAUUCUUCCUCGGCCUCCAUCUCCUCCUCCAGCAAACAAAGCCUUAGCCGCAAGUCUUCAGCGUCCUCGUCCCUGGCACAGAGGGUUGGAGACAGGGUUGUUGGCGACUCCCCGACACUGCGCCAGGACGUUGCCCUUCAGCCCAUAACAUCCUCGUCCUCAUCCUCCACCACCAGGUCCACUGUGACUGUCUCACCCUCACACCCAGUUCAAGACCAGGGCCAUGUCUUGCCGUACCAGGCUACGGCCUCUGAUAUAUUACCGCUCCCAUUAUUAACCCCAGCUGUUUCUGCUCCCCCACCAGUCCUUAUUGACCAUCAAAAUGCAGCGCUGCAGUCUUCUGAACAUACCAAUACCGAUGACAGUCUAGAUGCUACUCCCCAACCAUCAAACGCCGACUUAGACAUGGCUUCCAAGAAGACACCCUUCUUGCGCUCUGCUGCUCGCUCCGACGCUGCCCCGUAUGGCUCCGUAUCGCUAACACCCAGUCGCAACAACUCGCCCGCCGGUAGUGAUCGCUGGGAUCCCGACUCGCACCAAUUGCGUCAUGUUACCGAUACGAUGCGCAGCGAGACCUCGCACCGCUCUGGGCUCAGCAAAAAGUCCUCCUCGAGAUUAUCAGAAGAAAUCGAUGGCGCCGUCCUUGUUUCCGGCCUUGAGGGCCGCAUGGGUCUUGGUGAACCUACACAUCCUGGUGUUCUUGAAGGCAGCUUGAAGGACGAUCUGUCUGAGGAUGGCGCGCUGCUGGAUGACGAUUCUUCCGCUGCUUCAGACGCCGAAUACCAAGAAAACUCCCCCCACGAGGCUGUCCGCGCUUCUGUUCCGCCCACCGAUAACACCACCCUUUCCAUAAACACGCCGCGCAUGUGGUGCCUCUCCGUCUUAUUCGCCAUCCUCGGCUCCUCGACCAAUUUGUUCUUCUCGUUAAGAUACCCUAGUGUUGCUAUUACUCCAGUUAUUGCUUUAUUACUUGUCCACCCCCUUGGACACCUAUGGGAUUUCGUGUUGAAGCGACCCUACGACCCUGAAGAAGAGUUUGUCGAUGGCGUGCGGGUAGCAUCUGUGAGUGACGAAGCGCAUAGUUUGCAUAAAGUUAGAAAGCGUACCCGUGUGAGGAGAUGGUUGGCGCAAGGUCGUUGGAACGAAAAGGAGCAUACGUGCGUCUAUGUUAGCAGCAAUGUUGCUUUUGGCUUCGCUUUUGCGACCGAUGUUAUCGUUGAACAAACCCAGUUCUACAACCAGGAAGCCCCUAUCGUUUAUCAGCUUCUUCUCACUAUAUCGACGCAAAUCCUCGGUUAUGGCUUCGCAGGCUUGACGCGCCGUUUCCUUGUCCGACCCAGCGGCAUGAUUUGGCCUGGAACUCUCAUGUCGGCAGCCAUGUUUUCGACACUUCACAAACAGGAGAAUAAGCCUGCAGGGGGCUGGACCAUCAGCAGGUGGAAAUUCUUUUAUAUUGUGUGGACAGUAUCAUUCCUCUUCUACUUUCUGCCUGGGCUACUCAUGCCAGCGCUCAGCUACUUCAACGUUAUCACCUGGUUUGCCCCCAAGAACGUUGUCAUCGCAAACCUCUUCGGUGUUUCCUCCGGACUCGGGCUAUUCCCGUUAACUUUUGACUGGGCGCAGGUUACAUAUGUUGGUUCACCGUUGCUGGUACCCUUUUGGGCUGCCAUGAACGUGAUCGGGGGUCUUGCUGUGGUGAUGUGGAUCAUCGCACCUAUCCUCUACUACAGUAACGUUCUCUUCUCCUCUUAUAUGCCGAUUCUCUCGGCGGCUGUGUUCGAUAAUACUGGCAAGGUUUAUGAUGUCAGCAAGAUCCUAACCCCCGAAUUCCUCUUUGAUCGUGAAGCGUAUCAAAACUACAGCAGAGUCUUUUUGCCCAUCACAUAUGUGUUGAGUUAUGGAGUUCAGUUCGCCGGUCUAUCCGCCCUUUUGACGCAUACUGCUUGCUGGCACGGUCAAGAUAUUUGGAGGUCUUGGAAACGAGCCCUGCAAGAGGCUCGUGAGGAUGGGCAAGCAAAGUACGAGCCCGUGGCAGACUCCCCUGGACCGCUGCCUCGCCAGUCAACCGACGAAAGUAGUAGGCGAAUGUCAUCUACAUCGCAUGUUGAUGGAAUCAUUAGCCGUGAGGAUAUUCACAGCAAGCUCAUGAAGAGAUACAAGGAUGCUCCCCUGAGCUGGUACCUCAUCACAUUUCUCACCAUGACCGCUAUCGGAAUCUUUGUGGUUGAAUAUUAUCCUGUCCACUUGCCUUGGUAUGGUCUUCUGCUCGCCCUCGCCAUUGGAGCACUCUUCUUCAUCCCCAAUGGCAUCAUCAUGGCCGUCACGAACCAGCACAGUAGCAUUUAUCUCAUCUGCCAGCUUAUCUGUGGUGUCGUCUUCCCAGGCCGUCCCAUCGCCAACAUGGUCUUUGUCACAUACGGUUAUAUCUCGUCAGCCCAAGGCAUCAAAUUCGCAUCCGAUCUCAAGCUCGGCCACUACAUGAAGAUUCCCCCGCGAAUUCUCUUUCUAGUCCAAAUCGUCGCAACCCUUGUCUCCUCCUUGACCCAGAUCGGUGUGCUCAACUGGAUGUUUGCCAACAUCAGGGGUAUCUGCACUUCUGAGGCGAUAAACGGUUUCACAUGUCCCAUCGCCAGAGUUCACUUUAACGGCUCCAUCUUGUGGGGAGUUGUCGGGCCCAACGAAUUCUUUGGUCCAAAGGCAAUUUAUCGAUCUCUGGUCUGGUUCUUUCCGCUUGGUGCACUACUCCCGAUUCCUUUGUGGCUCUACAGCCGACGUCACCGCUCGAGCAUCCUGCGCAAGGUCAACCUCCCCGUCAUUUUUGGCGCUAUGUCAUGGAUCCCCCCCGCUACAGGUCUCAACUUCUCUGUUUGGGUGCUCGUAUGUUACGUCUUCAAUUACUUGAUCAAAAACCGACAUAACGCUUGGUGGAGUAAGUAUACCAUGACCUUGAGCGCAGCUCUCGAUUCGGGUCUUGCUUUUGGUAUUGUGGUCGUUUUCUUUGGUUUUAUAUAUCCUGGGUUUGCGCAAAAUCUCAAGUGGUGGGGUACCGAGGUGUACAAGCAGGGUUGCGACUGGCAAGCUUGUUCAUAUAACACCGUUCCAGAGGGCGAGCAUUUCGGACCUAAAACGUGGUAA